UUAACCAUUUAGUCAGAGUACCAAGGAAUAUUGGUACCCAAAGGCCAAAAGCAGUCUUUAUAAGGCCACUCCAGUUUCAUUACACCUAUCCCUUCACUCAAAAAGACACAUUACAUCUGGCUCAUGGAAGAUCACCGCAACUCUGUUCUUGAAUGGCCAUACUUGCACAAAGAAAAGAGUGCAGAGGAGUUGACACAGUCACUUUGGUCGACUACAAUGGAGCUUGAAGCAACAAGGAUCAGGGUUCAAGAAGAGAUCAGAGCAAGAGAUGAUCAGUUAAAUCAACUCAAAGAUCUUCUGAAUGACGCCAUUAAAGAAAGAGAUGAAGCUCAUAGCAAAUACCAAUCUCUCCUCCUUGAUAAUAAAUUGCUUCUUCAACAGCAAUUUCACCACCACCGCCGGUACACACACCAUCAAACCACCACACCUCCGCCACAAUCUGGUGUUUCAAGUAUUGAAGAUGAACCCAUCACCAAUUGUGGCUUUUCUUCCUCAGACUGUGAAGAAAGCAUCGUUUCCUCUCCACCCAUCGAAAACCCAGUUCAAUUGCGACCGCCGCCGCAGCAGGAACUGCGGUUUCCUGUGGUUCAGCCAAAAGGGUUGCCGGAAAAGGGGAAGUUCUUAGAAGCAAUGAUGAAAGCAGGGCCUUUGUUACAGAACCUCCUCCUGGCAGGACCACUCCCACAUUGGCAGCACCCACCUCCGCCGCUGGACACCUACCAUAUUCCAUCGCCGCCGUUAGUGAUCUCAACUCCAACUUCCCACCAUCUAUCCAAUCAAGAUUUCUUACGGAGAAUUACCAACAAUUGCGGGGAGUUUAACACCAAACGAGCGUUUUCUGAAGACUGUGAUUCUUCCAGUGAGACCAAAUACCAGAGAAUUGCCCUAAAUUGACUCCUAUUACUGCAUUCCGCGUUUCUGCUUCAUCGCAUAUACAAAAAAAGAUUUGACUUUACAGUCAAAUAACAAAAUUAUUUUUAAAGUUGUUUUUUUUUUUCUACAAAACGACACCAAGUAGUUAAGAAAUUGAUCUGGGCAUUGUGAUGUGAAGGUGUUUGCAGCUGGUCUACCCAAUUUGUACAUAGGGUUUAUAUUGAGUAGCAUAAAUCAAGAAAAUGCUUUCAAGCCAUUGAGACAAAAAUAGAGAAAUUGUUUUCGUAUUUUAGAACCCUAAUAUCUGUUUUUGCUUUUUUGUGAUCAAAAGCUAAAGCCUAAAGCUUGCAUGUGUUGGAGAUGAGAAUGUCACGGCUGAUUUGGGGGUGUGUCGGUCGGUGAGAGAUGGGUUCCACUUGGUAGACCCACAAUCAGAAUCAAAAUCUACUAGAAUGUGAUUGGAUUUGACUUCUACUACCAAAUUUAGCAUGUAUUAAGUUAUUAAAUACAUUAGAGUAAGUAAUGGGCCAAUCUAUCCUAAUAAAUGAAAAUCAUUUUGCCA